CCAACUAAACGGAAAGGUCAGCCCAACAAGCCAGCCCAACUGGCCAACUCCCAUCGCGUGCCCAAUAGUGCAGGCGUCCAGCACGCGGCGCGGAACUUGCCAUCGAUUCCCGAGCGCAAGGGGUCCACACGCUCUGUUGCUAGCCUUUCACAGGCGCCGAUGCCGAGCUCGGACUCGGGCACCGCCGCGGCCACCGUCUCCGCUCAUAUAUACUCAGAGAUCAAGCAAACCAACCCGCACGCAAUCACGCAGCAGCGGCGGGUAGCUAGCAAGAACAUCUCCGCGCUCUUCGACAAGAUCCUCGAGCCGAUUGGGCGGCCGGCCAUUUGGGAGGGAGGGAGGGAGGGGGCGAGGCGCUUUCGCCGGCCUUCUUGGCGCUCAUGGAGAGGUUCGCCGCCAUGGUCAGCAGCCGCCGGGCUGCCCCCGCUCCGGCUGCGGCUGCGUCUGCGGCUCCGGGGCCCGACGAGGAGGAGGUGAAGGAGAAUGCCAAAGGGAAGCUGACGGCGGAGGACGAGGCGUACCUGAGGAUCCAGCUGGAGGAAAUCGUCGUCGUCAAGAACGAGGACGUCUCCCGCCUCGCCGCCGCGCACGGCAGCAACUACCUCGGCGGCGCCACCUCCCGCGCGUGCGCGCCCGGCGUGGCCGCGGCCGCGGCCGCGGCGGCGGGGCCUGCGGGGAGUUCGGCUGGGACGGGGGCGGCGGCGGCGGCCCGGGGCGCGCUGUCGACGACCGUGGGCUGGAUCGUUGGCUCCAACUAGAGGGUCGCUGCUGUUCCUGUACUUUCGCCGAAGAGAUCUAGCGAGCUGGUGAGCCGAGGUCUAGGGGGUUUUUUUUUGGUAGAUCCCAAUCUUGCUCUUGUUCUUGGAAGGCGAGGGGAUCGGUUCUUGUGAUCGAAUUGGUGAACUUGCAUUGUCUCAAACUGCCCCAAUUGAUGCCAAUUCGGUGGAUUAUUUGGCUUUGCGGCGACAAUUUGAGUUGAAUUACGCGUUAUCUGUUAA